GUCACUAGAAAGGCGACACGCAAAGGUGGAACUAAACUUGCAAAUCUCGAUAGGGAUUGGAGUUGAUGCCGCGGGGGCGGAGCCUAACGCCCACGGUCCUGGCCAAUCAGCGUCCGGGAUGAUCUGAGAGGCCGGGAAGGGGAAAGGGGCGAAACGGUUCUACGGUGACAUGCCGCGGGGUCUAGUGGGAGGAGCAGUUGCCCAGCGGCCGCCCGGCACUUCCUGUUUCCGGUUCCCGGAGUGGAGCCCAGAGAGGCGCUCGUGGGGUCGCUGGCUCUGCCGCGAGCUCUGGAACCGGGGUCUGCGGCCGACCCCUCUCUGGUCCUGUCUCCCAGCCGCGAGCAGGUACUCGGCCGGGGAUUCUGAGCUGUGGCUGCUUCCUUUGCCCGUGACACGAUGUUCCCCCUCUACAGCUCCUGGAGGACUGGCCUGCUCCUGCUGCUGCUGCUGGCCGUGGCAGUAAGAGAAUCCUGGCAGACCGAAGAAAAAACAUGCGACCUGGUAGGAGAAAAGGAUAAAGAGUCAGAGAAAGAGUUGGCUCUACUGAAGAGGCUGACGCCGCUGUUCAACAAAAGCUUUGAGAGCACCGUGGGCCAGGGCCAAGACGUGUAUAUCUACAUGUUCCGGGUGUGCCGAGAAGCUGGCAACCGCACCUCUGGGGCAGGCCUGGUGCAGAUCAACAAAAGUAAUGGGAAGGAGACAGUAGUAGGGAGACUCAACGAGACUCAGAUCUUCAAUGGAAGUAAUUGGAUCAUGCUGAUCUAUAAAGGGGGUGAUGAAUAUGACAGUCACUGUGGCAAGGAGCAGCGUCGGGCAGUGGUGAUGAUCUCCUGCAAUCGACACACCCUAGCGGACAAUUUUAAUCCUGUGUUUGAGGAGCGAGGCAAAGUCCAAGAUUGUUUCUACCUCUUUGAGAUAGACAGUAGCCUGGCCUGUUCCCCAGAGAUCUCCCACCUCAGCGUGGGUUCUAUCUUACUUGUCACGUUUGCAUCGCUGAUCGCUGUCUAUAUCAUUGGGGGGUUCCUGUACCAGCGACUGGUGGUGGGAGCCAAAGGAAUGGAGCAGUUUCCCCACUUGGCCUUCUGGCAGGAUCUUGGCAACCUGGUAGCAGAUGGUUGUGACUUUGUGUGCCGAUCUAAACCCCGAAACGUGCCUGCUGCAUAUCGUGGUGUGGGGGAUGACCAGCUGGGGGAGGAGUCAGAAGAAAGGGAUGAUCAUUUAUUACCGAUGUGAUUGCACUUUAAAUGUCCAGCUUCUUCAGCCCCCAAACCAAAGCAUCCUCAGCCAGGUUUCUUAAGCAGCCUCCGCUCCAGUCUCUCAUCUCCCCCUUAAUAUUGCUCUUGCUUUCCGGUUUGCUCUUGGUUUGCAUCCACUUGUCAGUAGUAGAAAUGCCUUCCCUUUGUUCCCUAUUAUUUGUUUUCCCUCCUGAGAGGUACAGUUAGUUGUAGGACAGAGAUAAUAUAAUAGGGCCAAUGACAGCAGAGGCUGUUGCACGGUCUCUUGGUAUCAGAAAGUACAAGUAGGGGAGUUAUCGUGAGCAAAAGGGUGUGGCAGGCUCCCUGACCCUUCCUUUUUUAAACACAUUUUCACAAGUUUUUGAGACACUGGAUUUCUUUAAUUUAAAAAAAAAAAAAAGCAAAGAAACAUUAUUUAUACAAGGUUUGAUUGCUUUCAUGCUGUUGCUCUGUACCCUACAGUAGUCUCCGUGAGAACCUGGAUGUCGUUUCUUGCUGCUUGGAACUAUUCUGCAGUGACUACUUGGUUGUGAUCCAAGUACUGCCAUUUGCUUUGAGCCUGGUGAUGUCGUAGACUUAAUUCUCCCACCUCUGGGAUUAGGAUGGGAAAAUUUGAAAUUUCCCAAUUAGAGGAUGACGAGGUACCAUACAUCAUUUGCUGGCAUUGGAGUGACUUUAUAGCUGGAGCUAGGACCUGGAUUGUAGUCUUAGGUUAUUGGUCCAUCUGCAGCCAAAAUGCCUAAUCCAGAAGUCCGGUCCAUUGGAAAGGGAUAUUGAAAUUGACCUCCUAUGCUGCCGGGGUUCCAGAAAAGGGAAGUCUGUUUACCUUGUAGUGGGAUCUCCUUGAUGGCUUUCUUCUCCCACUUGCAGUCAAAGCUGGCAAAGCUUUUCUUAUUCCUAAAACGUUCCCUCUAUCAAUCAGUAUGUCUAAACAUGUUGCACUUUCCUUCAUAGGCAUGUCAUUUUGACUUUUUUUUUUUUUUUGCCCCCAGUCUUCUGGAAAGGGAAUGGAAGCAGAAGUGGGACAUCCAGGGCUCUGCCAUCUUCCGCCCUGGCUGCGGCGGCUGCGGCACGUGUCCCUUUUUCUGGCUCAGGGACGUGUCUUCUCGCCCACGAUCUUAUUUCUGUGGGGAGACGGUCUUAAUCUUCUGAUGCUUCCACCUUUCUGUUCAGGCCAUGUGCCCAGAAACCUGGCCUGAUCUUUGUGUGAUAGUGAGCCUGGGCCACUGAAGAGUAACAUGGCUCCGCUGGACACAGGAGGAUGGAAUCAACAGGCAGGGGCCUUUUUUAGCCUUUAGAGAAGGAAAUGAAAUGAUUUCAUCUUUGGACUUUUAAAUACUAUUGGAAUGAUUUUUUUUCUUUCUAAACAGGGAAAAUAAUGUCAUAAAAGCA